UCCGUCACUGGUCCUAGUAGCUAGCGCUCUGUAAGGAAUGCAAAUUGUCGCUGGUGAGAAGUAAGUCGACAGAGAGGCGAACGAAGUAGUAAAAGAGGGCACCGACUCCUGUCGACGGAACAUGGAGUGUGUUUCGGCUGUUCUGGAUGGGCUGGACAGGAGAAAGGAACCCCAUACGGAGGAUCCAGAGCACAAUGUCUACACACGCUUCAUGAAGUCCCAUCGCUGCUAUGACCUCAUACCCACCAGCUCCAAACUGGUGGUGUUUGAUACCUCCCUGCAGGUGAAGAAGGCAUUCUUUGCUUUGGUGUCUAAUGGUGUCAGAGCAGCUCCUCUAUGGGACAGUAAGAAACAAUGCUUUGUGGGUAUGUUGACCAUCACAGACUUCAUCAACAUCCUCCAUCGCUACUACAAGUCACCUCUGGUCCAGAUAUACGAAUUAGAGGAGCAUAAAAUAGAGACGUGGAGAGAAGUGUACCUGCAGGACUCUUUCAAGCCUUUGGUUAGCAUAUCCCCUAACGCCAGUCUGUAUGAUGCGGUUUCGUCCCUGCUGAAAAAUAAGAUCCACAGGUUACCAGUGAUCGACCCUCUGACAGGAAACACGCUCUACAUACUCACACACAAGAGGAUCCUCAAAUUCCUCAAACUGUUUAUUUCUGAGAUGCCCAAGCCGGCCUUCCUGUCACAGACACUGGAGGAACUGAGUAUAGGAACUUUCCAGAACAUUGCUGUAGUUCACACAGACACACCCCUCUACACAGCACUUGGCAUAUUCGUCGAACAGAGGGUAUCAGCCCUGCCUGUGGUGGAUGACAAAGGAAGGGUGGUGGACAUUUACUCCAAGUUUGAUGUCAUUAACCUGGCGGCGGAGAAGACUUACAACAACUUGGACAUCACGGUGACUAAGGCCUUGCAGCAUCGCUCACAGUAUUUCGAGGGAGUUCUCACCUGCCACAGAAAUGAGACACUGGAGACCAUUAUCAGCAGACUGGUAGAAGCAGAGGUCCACAGGUUAGUGGUUGUGGAUGAACAGGAAGUAGUGCAGGGGAUCGUCUCUCUAUCAGACAUCCUACAGGCCCUGGUUCUCACCAACGGAGACGAAGUAUCUUUUGACUUUAGGCGCUUUCGGACCUAACAGUUGUAGGGACUCUUUGAGAGGAACUACCUACUGAGGAACUCCUCCAGAAACUACAUACCUUAAAGGGCUUUUUUUCUAUUUGCAUUUGCACUCCCAGUAGGAAUGCUGAAGUGACGUAAGCUGGCUGACGGUUGGUAUAGCAACAAGGUUUGUGUAAAAGUACGGAGUAUUAGGGCCACAUGGAAGAAAAAAAAAGA